AGCUAAAGAAAGAGAGAUCUCCCUCCAUCAAACCACACUUACGCAGUCUCAUUCAGAGCUUUCAAGAGUGGGUUCCGUCCUCGCGACCCCUCCUCGAAAGGUUGAUUUUAUCCGAGGUUAGGUAGAUCGCAGGGACUCCUCUCACACCAUAGCGACCAACAUCUCUAUGGUUGCCAUGACGACCUGCGAAUGACGGACGAGGUGUGGAGCGCAGGCGACAUUCGUCGAGUGUAGCGAAGGAGGCGAUCGUUAACACGGUUUACGCGUCUCCUCACGCUUGCUCGCAGGAUCAGACGCGAGGGAUGGAAAGGGUGGAACACGUUUGGAGAGAGAUGACAGCAUUGGGAGUAACACCCGACCUGGUGUGCUAUCACGCUCUCCUGAGGUGCCUUAGAGUUGCAGGAAUCCCGGAGGAGAUUAAGGAGAGGGGAGACGCGGCAAUCCUCCUCCCUGCUAUAGACACACGAGAACUCAGUCUCCUUAGUUUCGCAACAAUCUUCUGAAAAUUCGGAAUCCUUACGUGAAAUGUCGCCUCAAACGGACGUCUUGAGUCGCGACACUAAUUCAGUCAAUUCCAGGAGAAGAAAUAACACGAAAUGCGAUCCGUUUGAAGUGGUUUCAAACGUUAGAGUAAAUCUUCGUCUUUUUGUUAGUGGAGGUCCUCUGUUGACCAUGCAUAUUACUGAGGGUGGAUUGAGGUGGAUUGAUCAGGGGGGUGUGGCGAGAGUGCUGUCGGUGAUGAGUGAAGAGGGAUUGAAGCCUGACAAAAGGACACUGGACCACUUAUCAAAGAUUGCUGGUGAUUGGUUGGGUAUGGUCAAGGGUGUGGUGGGCGGAGCUUGUGAUGAAGAGGGUGUGGCCAAUAACAAUAGGGGAGUGGCUGUUGUUCCCGAUGCGAAAUGUUUGGAGUCUGCCAUUCACCUGCAACUGAGACUUGGCAACGGGAGAGCUGUCGAGGUAUUGCGGAGGUUUGGCGAGGAGGCUGGUAUUCUCUCCGGUUCAGCGAGGUACCGUUUGCUGGCUCUCGGCUGCAGGACCCAGCAUGAUAGCCACUCUCUACUAACCCAGAUGAAGAAGGAAGGUGUGACUCCAGACACCCACACAGUGGGGGUGCUACUGAGAGAUGCAGCUGGAAGACUGGACUACGAAUGCCUCACUGCACUCAUGAAGGAGAUGAGACACAGUAGGUUGGAACCUGAUAAAAGCAUUUUGAGGAUUUUGGCAAAAGUGGCAGACGGCCGUGUACCAAAGUCUCCCAGGAUGAAGCUCAGAUUCAAUGGAUUCAAAGGUUACUACACGCUAUGGAAGAAGCACUACCCUCAACUGGAGUCACAAAAGCACUCAAUUUGUCACGUGACCAGCCACGUUGUUUUCUGGGGAGCAGCAGACACACGUACACAAAGAAAGUUGUCAGCAGAAGAAAGCCGAACUCGAGCGAUCGGGAAGAGAGAUGCCGCCCAAGACGAAGCAAGCAGAAGAGGAGCGAUUGCUUCUAGAGAGCAGCCGUCACGUGACACGAACUACUUCGGCCUUGUUCUACGGCAACGGAUUUAUCGUUUCAGCGCUGCCUUUGUGUACGCUGAACUGUAUACAGGGGGGCACGGGGAGAAAGAGAAAGAGAGAGAAAGAAGAAUGGGGAAAGCAUGGUUGUACUGGCGGGUGAUGGUGGUGGACAUGGUAACGUGGUCUCCGCUCUUCCUGAUCAUGACGCUGGUAUCCACCUAUCUCAUCUCCGAAGCGUAUCGCAAGAUCAAGAUCAGUCUCAAGCACAGGAUCUCUCUACGUCGCGAGGUGGCAGUUUCGAAGGAAGUUCUCGGGGAUAUCGCCGCUUCUGGAAAGAAACUUAACAAGGCUGAGAAAGACGAGAGGAUAUCGUGGAAGAAGAAUGAGGUCGCGGACACAGAGGCCACCACGUUCUCCAUCUUCUACAACAAUGCCCUGUUUCUCUUCCUGGUUCUUGCCUUCCUCUACUUCAUGCGGUCAUUUCCACCUCUCGUGUAUCCCCCCCCCGUCUUUACUUGUCCCUCUCACCUUAACUACAUGGUUGCGACCGGAGGAGCGGGUAUCCUGUUGCUCCUGCUCUCGACCGGUUCCAACAACUAGUCAAACCUGUUUGCCUCCGAGAGGAUCUUUGCCGAAAGUGACUCUCAAAAAACUAGGAAUUUUGAUUCAUUCAUGUGUACUUUUGCAUACACGUGUUGUUGGUCCAUGUAUCAAUGUAUUUCCACCUACUCUCUGAUGAUGUCAUUAUGAUGUAACCGCUCAACUUCAAACAAAAAAC